UUCCCAUUCAUACAAAGCAUGAUCAUCACAUAGCGGUAAACAUAGUGCACCGUUACAACAAUUGUUGAGCGUGCUCGAUCGUGAAAUUAAGAGACAAAUUAUUCUUCACAUCUUCUAAACAGACGUUCUAUUGAAAUCUGAACCAAAAAUUUGAGGUAUCGUGUGUCAGCAAAGUGCGGGUAGGCAAAUCCACCGUCCUAAAGUAUAUAGACAGUGACAUAAUUAUACUGGCACCUAUCUUUCAUUCUGUACGAUCCUGAAGAAGACAGUGGAGGACAACUAUUUUGCUACUACCACUAGGAAUGGGAGAAAUUGGAUGUCACAGUGCUGCAUCUUCAGACUCAACACCAGCUUCCACGGAGGCAAAGAAAACAUCGUUGAUUAGCAUUUCUAGAUCACUAGUGGGCGCCAAGUGCAUUAACGGUGCUGUUGCUGGCGUGGUAGGCGUAACCUGUAUUUUCCCAAUUGAUUUAGUCAAAACUCGUCUUCAAAACCAACAAAGUGCGCGUGGAAGUCGUCUGUACAACAGCCUAAUCGAUUGUUUCAUAAAAACCUUAAGACAAGAAGGAUUUCGUGGGCUUUACAAAGGUUAUGGUGUAAAUGUCGCUUUGAUAUCGCCAGAGAAGUCAAUCAAACUAGCUGGCAAUGACAUAUUUCGAGCAUUACUAAGUAAAAAUGGUGAAGCCAUCCCUAUGUACAAACAGAUCUUAGCAGGGGGAGGAGCAGGGCUUUGUCAAGUAGUAAUCACCACCCCUAUGGAAAUGCUGAAAAUUCAACUACAGGAUGCAGGCAGGAGUGCUAACCUAAAUAGUCUAAGAAAUAUGCCACAGGGUCCUCCAGGAGAAUUGUCAUCCAAACUCAGUCCACUACUUACAAGGGCUUACUCCGCCACAGCAGCUGGUUCCAGAACACCCACUGCCUUAGAAAUUUCAAGAGAGCUCUUUCGUGCUAAAGGAAUCAUGGGAGUCUAUAGAGGUUUUGGUGCAACGUUGAUGAGGGAUAUUCCAUUUUCAAUGUUAUAUUUCCCUCUCUUUGCAUAUCUCAAUGAAAAGGGGGUGCCAUAUGAAGGUGGAAGAGCAACAUUUGGACAUUCCUUUGUAUCUGGUUGCUUAGCAGCAACUUGUGCUUCCUUGUCAGUCAAUCCUAUUGAUGUUAUAAAGACAAGAUUGCAGUUAUUGAAACAGGCUAAAGGAGAACAAUGCUAUACAGGCAUACUGGAUUGUGCAAUGAAAAUAUAUAAAAAUGAGGGCGUGAGUGCAUUCUUCAAGGGUGCUUCCUGCCGAAUGCUAGUGAUCGCACCCCUAUUUGGGAUUGCUCAGGGUGUGUACUACAUCGGUGUUGGUGAAUUCAUUCUGGGCAUCAAUAGCAAUUAAGCUGGAGGAUGAUGAGUGGCAGGAGAAGUAUGAUUUAAUCCAAAGGUCAUUCAACUCAUCUGCAACUGUGCCAAACCUUGUAGUAUGCCUUGAAGAUAUAUAUAAUAAUGUCCCUAGAUCUUCCGAAGUAUGCUGGUAAUAAGUAAUAAGAGAAUAAAUAAUUUAUUAUUACCAAGAUGCAGAGUAAGGUAGGGUGAAACUGUAAUAUCACCCACUCAAAUUUAACCUGACGUUCUAUUUGUUUUGUCAGUUGACUUCUAAGAUGUCAUUGACAACCCACAAGAACCCAGUGACGUCAUAUUGUAUCAUGUUCGCUGAAAUGUAUUAACAGUAAGUACUGUAUUGGGAUGUAAUUGUAAUUAUAUUAAUAGAAAGGUUUCGCACACGAACGAAUACGUGUACGCAUACUUGUAGCUAUCCGUAAUGGUUUGUAGCCAUGCUCUACUGUCGCAAUUACAGCAAAGUUUAAGCGUAGGGCCUUAGGGCUAGGCUAUUCCAUUUUCUUCUCUCAUACAUGAUUCUCAAAAUCAGAUUUUGGUAUGGUCUAAAGUUUUGAUAUGUAAGGUUUUGGAAAUUGGAAGUGGUAACCAAAUAAUACACAUUCCCUUGUUGCCCAGAAGAGUUGGUUACUUUGUGACCCAAAAAUGCCUGGCUACUAUAAGCUAGGCCUGGGGAGGCCCUAGCAAGAAAAUCCCGACACCAACAAGCACCGACGUUUUUUAAUACCCCAAAAUGAGACGCAUCUUAUCGUCGUAACUUGCUGUCUUCAAAAGUCACAAAAUGAGACGCAUCCUAUCGUAACUUGCUGUCUUCAAAAGUCACAAAAAUGGCACGUAUGUAUUAAAGAUGCAUAUAUUUUUUAAAAGGUCAUUCUAGGAAUCAAAAAUUUUCCUACGCGUUUUUCACUUAAGUGUAGUGAGGGAGAUAUGUGUGUCGUCCACACGAUUAGUGGACAGCAACCGGCAUAUGAUGUCAAAUGAUGAUGUAUAUGUCACACUAACUGUAUACGUUUGCAUGGGAAACCUCCGUAUUCACAAUUGAUUUCAUCCCAAGUUCAUUGCUUUAGCUAUGCAAAUUUUAAAAAUAACAUUCUCAUUGCUACACAAAUGUUUGGCUAAAGAGCCAUAGCCUUGUGCUGGCUAUCAAAUUUUCUUUGACAAAAAGGUGUUGUGUGCCCAUACUGUAUAUAAUCAUGAUGUGCCUAUAUAUGGUCAUGUUGUGAUAUUAUCAUGACCAUAUUUAGGCAAGUCACUUGUUAAAACAUAAGCAAUACUGUAACUAGUGUCAUUCCUGCUAGACCCCUAUUUUGUCUUCAGGAUGUAUUGUGUUAAACAGUUGAUGCCGUAUUGUAAUUAAGGGUAUUGGUAUUACGUAUGGUGAAUUGGGCGAUAGAUAUGUUAAAUCAGAUUAUAUGUGUAUUGUCCUGUAGUAAUUGGAUGGUCGGCUCUUUCUAAAUUUCCUAAAUUCAAAUAGCAUAAUAGUUGUCCCCUGCCAAGAGAAGAUACUUAUUUCUCCUUCCAGCUAAAAAUCCCCAGUUGUCAUUUUUUGAGUGAGAAUUUUUCCUUUUCUUGUGAAGGUAAAUACAGUAUUCUCACAUUCUUGGUCAAGGCAAGAAUUUUUCCUCCUGGAUGAGGGUAAUAAUUAUUUCCUCAGAUUGUUCCUACCUGGUUGAGAAUCAAGUAAGGAUAAGAAUUGUCCCCUACAACAAAUGUUAAAACUAAAUUUCUAGCCUAGUCAAAAAAAUAUAUAUUCAAAAAAAUAUAUAUUAAUACAAUCAAUGACAAAAAAGGAAUACUUGUCACAAGCAACUGUUUAUUCUGCUUAUUAUUUCCCUUUAACAAUUACAAGAUAUUCCUACAAUAUUUUUAAUAAAAUUGAGGAAACCCACCAAAUUCACAGAUAGAAAUUCCACAAAAUCACUUGAUGUUAAUGUUGGUGAAAGGGAAAAGAAGUAUAUUAAAUCGUUUUAGAUAAUGGGAAAACGUACUAACAACAAUUUACGUAUAAGACAUUUUCAGUGGGUUUGGUUUUUAGCAGUGGCAUGUUGAUGUUCUAGUUUAACUAUGCUUUACUGUCCUUAUGAUCUAGUAGGGUCCAUCUUGAAAUUGGGAAAAUAUUUACAGUAUUAUAUCUAAAUUUCAUCAGGGGAAACCUAGCAGUUUAAAAAACUUGUGUCUAAACUGAUUUUGUUGUAUGGUGCCAUGAGGUUUUAAUACCAUGGAGCGCAGUACCAAUGAAGUAUGGUACCAUGGAGGUAAAAUAUACCGUACUGUACCAUGAAGGAUUAAUGCUCAUGAGGUAUGAUAAUAGAGGUGUAAUGCCAAUGAGUUAUAAUAUCAAUGAGGAUACUUGGAGGUAUUUUCCAACGAGGUACAAUAAUAUGGGGGUAUUACACCAAUGAGGUAUGAUACCGUGAAUGUGUAUUUGGUAUGUUGAAAUGGAGGUAAGCCUGUAAUACCAAUGAGUUAUGGUACCAUGGCAGUAUAAUACCAAUGCGUUAUGAUGCCAUUGAGGGCGGUAUGUUACCAUGAAGAUGGUAUACUGUACUGAUAAGGUAUGAUAACCUGAAGGUUUCCUUGGAGAUACCAAUGCGCCGACAAUGCAUUAUGAUACCAUAGAAGUAUAAUACAGAUAUGAUAUAAUACUUUUAUGUUGGUAUGGCCCAAACCUUCAGUUUCACAAGUGGAAAACAUUGGUUUUAAUUGGAUAAUUUUUAAUAAUAAUAAUACACAUAUUUAUGCAGCUGAGAACAUACAAAAUAUUAUCUUUAUUUCAAUUUAUUUAUUUGAAAAUUUUGACAUUCAAGUACAGAAUUCAUUACAGAUACUGGUCAGGGACAAAAAAUAAUGGACAUGGCUUCAUAAUAGUAAUAAGUUUAAUCAAAAAUUACCUGGAGAUAAUUGCUUUUGGUAUUUCUUUUAAAAAAACAAUUAAAUCGCUAAUUAUAUAUUCAUGGACAUUAAAAAAUUGUUUUUAAAUUUGUAUUUUUUUAACUUAUAACAUUAUUUUUCAUUUUUUUAAAAGAAAUAUUAUUUAUUGGCUAAGCUUCAAAAGCUGAAUGCUUUGUGGCCUGCAGGCUAAGGAGAAGUCUUGGGCAUUUAGAAAAGCCUAUCAAAUCUGUAGGCCUUAAAAGCCAGAGAACCUUAAAUAUUUAAGGUCUUGUGAACAAAAAUGUAGCAUUUAUUUCAGCCCUGGACUACCUAAUGACUAUUUGGCACUUAUUUGUGUUAUUAUUUUUGUAAUCAUGUCAACAGUGAACAGUAAUGUAAUACCGGUGGUGUAUCUAGGACUCUUGAAAUGGGGUGGGGUGGGGGGCCUCGAUUAAAUGAGGGGGCACUAGGUUGCAAAAUAAGGUGAUUUUUCUUUUACUAAUGGAGCAUAAUUUUUUCGCUCCAGACAUUUUCAAUGGAGUGGGAGGGGGUAAACUUGGGGAGGGCGCAAGCAUUUUUUGGGGGACAUGUGCCCACCGUGCACUUCUAGAUACACCACUGUAAUAGCAACACGUGUUGCAUUUAUAGAUCAAACUGCCCAUUCCAUUCAUAGAGUGCAUUUUGUUUAAUACAUGGUUUUCCAUUAAGAGUAAAACAAGUACAGUAAUUAACAAGUAAACAACCUACUUACAAACCAAGGUGCUUUUGAACAAAAAAGGGGUCCUUCCAGGGGUGAGGGGAUAGUGCAAUGUAUAGAAAUGCUUUAAAGACCACCCCCACCUCCUCCUUAACCGCAACAAAUAUUGGGAGCAAUCAAGACUACAAUUACCAAGAUGCCUGUUAAGCCAAACCAAACAUUCUCUGCAUCUCACGACGAUGGCACUCAGAACAAAUUCUUGAUCAAUCGCAUUUCUCAUCGCAUUGUGGUGUCAAGGAAUCGUGUCUUUAGACCAUCAGCCAAUGUGGUGAAUGCUUGGCUUUAUUUACGGUGAUUGUUAUUUUGAAAGAAAUAAUUCAUAUUUAUUUUGCUGAGCAUUGAUAUUUAGCAUGAGCAGCCUGACGAUGUCUGAUGUAAUCAAAAGUGUACUUUUAAAAAGAAAAAAGAAUGGUGUUCACUAAUUUUACUUUGUGGGUCAUUCAAAAAUAUCAGCAUUUUUUCUACUGCAGGAGGGAUUAUUUUUUUCUAUCUAUUCUCACAGUAAUUUAUUUUAAAUUUUCAUUUUAAUAUAAUUAAAAACUUUUAUCAGUUUUAUUCUACAUUUCCCAGUAAAAUAAUUUGUACAAUUGUGAAAAUGUUGAUAAUUUUUAGUGAACCCAUGCACUAGUACUUGUUGAGUUUUGUGGAUUGCAACCAGGGCUGCCAGGAGAGAGGUUGGUUAUUAUGAAGAAAGGCAAAGCGGGAAAUCUUUACCAGUGUCUCAAAUAUUGAAAGCAAGACAUUCCGAACUGACAAAAAAUAAUGAAAAAAUAUGUCAGCAGAUUCCAAAUCCUUAAGUUUGGGGCCACUAUAUUGCAAACUUUACCCCAUUAUCUUUUGGCAGCCUUGUUUCCCAGUUCAAUAAGAUGUGUUAAUUAGCUUGUUUGUAAAUCACAAAAUAGAAUUGUACAUGUUGUAAAAGGUCAAAGGCCAUUAGUUGGUGCAAUCUACUGUAACACUAAAUUUAUACAAAAUGGUAGAAUCUUGUCUGCUUUUGAAACUAAAUAACAAAAUGUUGUAUAUUAUUAUUUUUCUAUGUGGAUAAGAUCCAGGUUUUGUUGGGGAGAAUUUCCAAAAUGUUUCAAAAUUCCAUUAUAUUUUGAGUAAAGUUAUUGCUGCAGAGGUAGUAAAAGUAGAAAAGUUGAGGGAUAUAUGUCUAUCCAUGGUUGUGUGCUAUGGUUUGCAUUCAGUAAACAUAUAAAGUGAUUAUUAUGUAGAUACAAAGAGAAUAAAUCUGCUAGUUCAAAUAU